AUGGCGUUAUCAGUUGCAUCUGCUCCAGCACACGAGUACGAGUUUGAUCACGAGGUUGACGAUGAUUUUGAUCUUGUCUUUCCCCCUGGUUUUGAUCCUGACCAGGAUAUCGAGUUCAUUCACCUGGACCAGCCCCUAGAGGCGCCUGUAGCCCCUAUCGAUCCUUUGUUUGAUGAUCCAGCCGAUUUUGAUAUGGAUUUUCUUGACCCGGAGCCUAUCGUGGCCCCUGAGCCUGUAGCUGCUCCUGACCCUGCAUUAGAGCAUGACCCUGUUCAUGAUGGUGCACCAGCCAUUGCACCCUUUGUUGAUGAUGUACCGGUUGCUGACGCUCCUGUUGAUGCUCCACUCUUGAUAGAGGAUCCUAUUGUUGCACCAUUUCAUGAUCCUGUGCCGGUGCUGUUCGACCGUGCACUUUUUGCUACUCAUGUGGAUCCACGUUACGCCGACACCCGUAACGGGUGGAUUGAUGAAGAUGACGAUUACCCACCAUUUGUGUUACCUGUUACACCUCCAGUAUCCCCUGUUUCAGCACCCGUUUCAACACCCACUGAUAUCCCAUUGUUUCCCCCACACACCACAGACGCACACCGCACUGAUCUCCCUAUUACGUUCCUUCAGGACAUACCACCACCGCGUCCUGGAGAGGGGUCAUCUAGGCAGCCACCCGUUUCUGCUCCACCCAUGAUGUCAUCACCUUUUCCAUUCGCAUCUCAGUUUCCCACUGUUGCACCACCUACUGCACCAUCUUUCACUCCAUCGAGCGCGCCAUUCUUAUGGACUACGCCCCCUAUCAUGCCAUUGUCUGAUCCGUACCACCCAUACCAUGUUGGCUGA